CUUAUAAUGCCACUCCUUUGGACAAAGCCAAAUAUAAACUAUGUAAAGACAUUCUAAACUAUGAGCAAGAUAAUGGUUUAACUACCAAAGAUAUUGCUCAGCAACUAGGAUUAACUAAAUUACCUCAAAAGCCCACUAACCUAAGACCUUAUGCUAUUGAUAUAAUAAUCAACAAAAAAAGGUUUACUAGGUUAGAACUCAACCCUUUAAUUGCCACCCUUAAACACCCUAAUGAAAAUAUCACGGAUGACUUAAUUAUUUACUUGAUUGAGCAAUUGAAUGGAGAAACGGUUAAACCCGAGCCAAAAAGAUACUAUCAAUGA